AUGCCCGCUGCCGCCAAGAAGGCCACCAAGAGGUCCACCAAAAAGGUCGCCAAGAAGGUCAGCCGCAAGAGUGCCGCGUACUCGACGCUGCGCAAGAGCUGCACGCCCGGCACCAUCGCCAUCAUCCUCGCCGGCCGCUUCCGUGGCCGCCGCGCUGUGAUCCUGAAGCAGCUUGCCGGCAACGGUCCGCUUGUCAUCUCCGGCCCGAUGAAGUACAGUGGCGUGCCGAUCCGCCGCAUCGACUCGCGCUACAUCAUUGCGACGUCGACGAAGGUAGACCUGAAGGGCGUCGACACGAGCGCCAUCACCGCCGACGUGUUCGCGCGCCCCAAGCAGGAGAAGCGCGUCAAGUCGGAGGGCGACUUCAUGGGUGACAAGGCCAAGAAGGCGGCGGAGCGCAAGGCGAAGAAGACGUCCAAGGCCGCACCGAAGGGCACCGUCAGCGACAGCCGCGCGCAGCUGCAGAAGAAGAUCGACGCUGCACUCAUUGCGGCCAUCAAGAAGGACCCCCUUGGGAAGGAGAAGGCCGGCUACCUGCACUCUGUUUUCACCAUCAAGCCGGGUGAUGUGCCCCACCGCAUGAACUGGUAG